AUGGUUCGGAUUGACUAUGCACCAUGGGGACUUAAUCCUCCUCACACCCACCCAAGAGCCACAGAGAUUCUUACAGUUCUUGAAGGGACCCUACAAGUUGGAUUUGUCACUUCUAAUCCUGAUAACCGCUUUAUCACCAAGGUGUUGCAAAAGGGUGAUGUUUUCGUGUUCCCUGUGGGACUUGUUCAUUUCCAGCGGAAUGUGGGUAAUGGAAAUGCGGUUGUUAUUGCUGCAUUAAGCAGUCAAAACCCAGGUGCAAUAACAAUUGGAAAUGCUGUUUUCGGUGCAAAUCCUUCAAUUCCAUGGGAUAUCCUCGCCAGGGCAUUCCAAGUGGAUAAGAGUGUGGUGGAUCAGCUACAAGCCAAGUUCUAA